AUGGGGUCCAAGGACAUGGGGAUUUUGCUUACAUUUGUACUGAUGGCGAUGUGCUUUUCCUCUGUCCGACCGGAGGCUCAAUACCUCGACUUCGUCGUGGAAGAGAAGGUGUUCACGAGGCUGUGCAGCUCCAAGAGCAUAUUGGUUGUGAACGGGAGUUUUCCGGGGCCAGUGAUCAAGGUUCACAAGGGUGACACCGUCUACGUCAAUGUUCACAACCGUGGAACCUCCGGCCUCACUAUGCAUCGGCACGGAGUUAUGCAACCAAGAAAUCCAUGGUUCGAUGGUCCGGAGUACAUAACACAAUGUGCCAUUCCAGUCGGUUUGAGCUUCACUUAUGAAGUCAAUUUCACCACGGAAGAAGGCACGGUUUGGUGGCAUGCUCAUAGUGAUUGGACCCGUGCGAGUGUCCAUGGCGCAAUUGUCAUUUAUCCGGCCGAAGGAAGCACUUACCCCUUCCAACAGCCCGAUGCAGAUGAAGUUUUAGUCCUUGGGUCCUGGUACAUAGAUGAUUAUCAAGAGCUGGUUGACUAUGACUUGGCUGAAGGUACAGACUUGCCCACCUCAGAUGCAUACACCAUCAAUGGCCAGCCAGGGGACUUUUGCCCCUGCUCCAACGAAUCGACCUACCGUUGGUAUGUCGACUUCGGGAAGACCUACCACGUUCGGAUAGUCAACGCAGACAUGAAUGCGGAGCUCUUAGCCAUCGCAAGCCACAACCUCGUGGUUGUCGGCAUGGACGGAGGGUACGUGAAGCCCUUCGUCACCGACUACAUCAUGAUCUCUCCGGGGCAGACCAUCGACGUGCUGCUUGUGGCCAAUCAGUCACUCGGCCACUACUACAUCGUCGCUCGGCAGUACUACUCCGGGAAACUGCUAUACACCGAGUUCGACAAGACGAACGCGUCCGCCAUCCUCCAGUACCGUGGGAGUUAUGCCUCUCCCGAGGAACCCGAGCUCCCCGUUCACCUCCCAUCCUACUAUGACAUCGAUGCUCAAAUCCAAUUUACUCGGAAACUUCGAAGCUUAGCCAGCGUGGACCACCCCGUUGAUGUUCCACUGGACAUAAGUACCAGAAUGUACGUCACGGCGUCGAUAAACAUCUUUUGGUAUGCCAGUGAGCGGAUGGGUUCGAGCUUGAAUAAUAUUUCUUGGGUCAACCCGAACACUGAUGUACUCUCAGCCUACUACAGGAACACGAGUGGAUUCUACACGACUGACUUCCCUGACCAGCCACCGACGUUCUUCAAUUUCACGGCGGACGAUCUUCUAGUCAAUACGACGGAGCCGAUCCAGGGGACUAAAGUGAAGGUGCUGAACUAUGGCGAAGAGGUGGAGAUGGUGUAUCAAGGGACCAACAUUCUGAACGCCUCGGUAGCUCACCCGAUGCACUUGCACGGCUACACCUUCUACGUGGUCGGGGUCGGGGGAGGAAACUAGAACCCGGAGACCGACCUGAAGACGUUCAACCUGAUCGACCCACCUCGGCUGAACACUAUUUCGAUCCCAAGGAGCGGAUGGGUUGCCGUCAGAUUCAAAGCAACUAAUCCCGGUACGCACAAUCACCAUGGUGGGAUGUUGGCGCGCUCGAGGUUUGGGCGUGACAUUGGGAAUAGGCAAAAUCCUAACCAUCAUAGGAGAAUGAUCUAA